AUGCCUCGUCUUGGUGCUGAGGAGCUCUGUCUUGGCUCUUUUUGGUGCAUUCGCUUGACACCUAUUGGCCGCAAAUUUCAAGGGGUUAAGUAUGAGUUGCUCACUCUCCCUGUGGAUGCUAAGGCUGUAACUGACGGUGACACGAUUACUGUGUAUGUUAGCAUGGCUCGUCAUCCAGAGUCUAGCAAUGUGCCCCAGGAUGUGUAUGAAGCAGGCAUUGAGCGGAGCAAGGCACUGGCGGCAAAUAAUUACCAAAGAGCUGGUGAUUUGCUGAAGAUCAUACUUGAUGCAGGAUAUAGGCAGGUUUGUGGCAUUGGUGGGGAACAAAUUCUUGCAAAGAAUUACAGGAUAAGGCUAAGGGGGAUUGAUGCACCAGAGAGCCUAAUGCCAUAUGGCAAAGAAGCCAAAGAGGAGCCGUUUGAGGCUCGUGCAGGGGAAAAGCUUAAAGAUUUCCAUAUAUGA